ACAACGGCUAACUUCCUACAAUUGAUUGCUGCUAGCUACACGAUGUAAAUAUGACCACACAUAAACUGCUUUUUGUAUUUUGAAGAUUUGCUGGGAUUCAGAAUAACUGCUAAAGUGAAGCAGCUGGACAUUGUUGGAGUUGGAAGUUUUAUCAAUAAGGACACCGUUAAACGCUUUUCUGUCGGAUUGCAAUGGGGAAGAGGUAUUACUGUGACUACUGUGAUAGGUCCUUUCAGGACAACAUGCACAACAGGAAGAAACAUUUGAAUGGUGUUCAGCAUCACAGAGCGAAAAAGGCCUGGUUUGACCAAUUCAGGGAUUCUGCUGCUAUUCUGCACGAUGAGCAAAUAAAAAAACCCUGCAGGAAGUUUCUCCAAAAAGGAAUUUGUGAUUUUGGUCCAAACUGCAGAUUUUCUCACAUGUCUGAAGAGCAUCUUUACAAUUUGAAGAGACGAAUGGAGCAGGAAAGACAACACAAAGAGGACUCUGAGGACAGAAAGAUCGCAGUACGAAGUAUAGAGGAGUGGCUCUCGAAAAGGGAAAAGAAGCAAGCUGCUCUUGGUAGUAAAGGAGAUUUAAAAACCAAGGAGGACAAUGAGGAGGACGAAGCAGAAUGGGAUAUUCCUCAACAGCUCUUCACUAUUCCUGACCUCCCACCCUCACUCGUACCGCCUCCUCCAGGCGGAUGGAGAGUCAGUCCAAGCACCGAUUGGGGCUGAGAGAUAUUUUUUUCUUUAGUAUUAAAAUCAUUUUAAAAGGACAAACAACAUUAACAGAGGAACAUUGGUAUUUUAAGAGAAUGUUUCACAUUUUUGUUGGAUGACGUGUCUAUUUUCAGCACCGAUAAAGACCUGUUGCUAUUUAAGAGGAGAAAUAAACAAUUUCUUUUUGUAUUCCAAUUAAAUUUUGCUGUAUUUUUUACCGUGGGUCUAGAUUUUUCUUUAGAGAUCUUCUGAAUAAACAUAGAAUACAAGUGUUUAAUAUAUAAGUGGAGUCCCAUUUAUGAGGACAGUUUGUAAGCUGAGCCACAGAUUUGAGUGUGCUUUAAAAAAAAGAACUAAAUAUUAAUAAAUGAUGUUAUUUACUGUU